AAACCCUACCAAAAUUAUACAAACAUCCACUGCCUUUUCUCUUCGUUACACCCUAAACCACACAAAAUAUUUCUCAACCCUCCGAUCACAUUGCCUCUACUCAUCCAACGCCUCAUCAUAUCAUAGCCUUUUUUACAUUCUUCUCCUAUAUAUCCCAAUUCCCAACCCAAAUCCAUUUCGAAAAACAGCACGUGUCCCUUUUCCGUUACAUUGUGGUCCCUUCCACGAACCAAUCAUCUUACUAAUCUCCAUUUGCUACGUGUACUCACCCCCUAACGCCGACUCUAGUGUGUGUAUAUAUAUAUAUAUGAUUUCAUUAUAUCUCAUUGAGGUUUAAGUGGAAAACAUGGAGAGGGAUUCUCAGUAUCAGGGUUUUCUGGCUAAUGGUGAAGGUUCAGCUGCUGAAACGUUUGAAGAGGCUAACGCCUUCAACUCUAUGUUCUCCGGUGUUAGUCUACUCUCGCUUCUCGGAGCUGACCAACAAUCUAUGCUCACUAAUUCAAUGCCUCUAUUCGGAGAGGUCGCCGUUCCGCCUCUUGAAUCAUUGCUACCUCCGGCGAUGAUUAAUUUGCCGGCCACUUUCGGCUUCUUCCACGACCAUUCUGGAAGUUGUUUCUACAUACCCGAGCCACUGGGCCUCCAAGAUUCAGGCUCCGCGGGAAUCGUCGAUUGUGGUUCUCUGCCUUUUAACUUCAUGUUCGGCGAUCACGAUUCCUCUUUAGCCGCACGCAUAGACCCCCACGUGCUAAACCCUCGCCACUUGCCUGAUCUUCUCUCGCUCGAGCGAGUCACCGGUGACUCGUCUUCGUCUUCUUCUUUUGGCUUACUGAGCCAAAAACGCGCCCGAGUCGACUCAGCGACUCACUACAGCAAUCAUCACGCUCAUGGAAGCCAAUACUACAAUCCUCCUCCUUCGAGACCGUCGCCGGGGCCGGCUUGUUCCUCUUCGUCGCUGAAGAAGAUGAUACCCCCUUCCAGCCUUCUGGCCAGGAAGCGGCGCCAGAAGCUUAGCGAUAAGACUCGGUGCUUACAGAAGCUAUUGCCAUGGGACAAGAAGAUGGACAUGGCUACUAUGCUCGAAGAAACGUUCAAGUACGUGAAGUUCCUCCAGGCUCAGGUGACUGCUCUCAAAGCCAUGCCUGCAUUUUCCUGUGCGAUGCCAAUGAUGAGUAGUAAUGGCACCGAUGGCGGUGACCUUGAUGAUGACGAUGAGUUCGCUGGGUUGGAGAAGCUGACGAGGAACCAGCUUUUGCAGGUCCUGGUCAACUCGUCCGCGGUCCAAACCAUUCUCUACUCUCAGGGAAGCUGUAUUGUCUCGGUGGAGCAAUUGGGUCUGUUGGAGAAGGCCACCGCCAGAAAAAGAAGGGGUGGUAAUCCUCUGUACCCAGCUUUUCUUUUUUCUUCCUAAACUCAAACUAAGAAAUAUUAUAUAAUAUGAUUAGAGGGACAUCACACUUUUGAAAUCAAAUACGAAUAUGAUAUCAUCAAAUUAAUGACAUUUGGCUGAAAUAUUAGAGUGUAGCUAUAGUACCCUUUA